AUGAAUCGAGGUUUUAAUCCAGUUGAGGUCUAUUAUAAUCGUGAUUUACAUUUACAUAAACCUGGCGUUAUACCAAAAGCAUCUCGUCGUACUUCAGCCAUAACAUCAAGCCGUCAUAAAUAUGAAUUAAAACAAGAACUGGGUACAAAUAAAACAAUUGAAUCUUGGUUUGAAAAUCAUUCACCACAAGAACGGCAAACUGUUUACAGUUUUCUUGAUACACUUUAUAAGUCUAAUAAUGUUAAAGAUAAAAAAGUGCAAAAUAGUCGAUUAUACAAUCGAGUACGAACAGCUUCAGCUCAUUCGUCACGACGUCAAUUACUUGAACCUACUCAACGCGAUAAUCAAACAUCAAAACAUAAUAUUGGCCAACUUGUUGAAUCAUUAGAAAGCUUUCGUCUUUCAACAUCAGUUCAAGAAAAAGGUAUUCCAACAGCAUCAAACGAUUCAGCAAUUCAAUCAGCUGAUGUAAAUCAAAGAAAAAGCGAUGCUAACAUAGAAACGAAUAGUGUACGUCCAUCAACGGCAACGAUUAGGCCGAUUGAAAAAAUGCAAUCUGAAAAUAAUUCUGAUAAUCAAUCGACUACAACUAAUAGAAGAAACUUGCGUUAUCUUUCGCAAUCGUGGCGUGUAAUUAAUCCGCAAGAUGAUAUUCAACUUAAUCCUCGUUCUGACAACAAUACAUCAUCAUUUUUCAAUUAUACAAAAAAAGCUUAUCCAGAAUAUUAUUUUAUUCAUCCUGAUUGGUAUUAA